UGAUCGAAAACAAUCGCGAAGUGCGGACGCAACUUGAGUGCGAUCCUCCUCAGGCAAAGCCUGACAGUAGAAAAACCACCCAAGUAGAGAGAGCAACUCGCACUAGAACUCCAAACCCGUACGGUCUCGAAUCGUCAACCCGCCCAGAGCAAGUGUUCAAGUCUCGUUUUUCUAUUAUCGAUUGCAUUCGCGUUACAACUGGAUUCUAGAAUUAAGUUAGAAGAUUAAUCGACCGAUCGUGAGUGUAGAUUGCUUGUUUUCUUUUACGGACUGUGUAAAAUUAGGCUAUCUAGGCGAUCAUUGGGAAUUGUGUUCAACGAAACCGUGUGACUGAAUCGAAAAGUUCAAAGUGGAUUUUGUAGUUUGAUGGUUUGAUUCGACCGAACUUCUCUGCCGAACCAUACACGCUAGUGCAACAGGGCAAGGGAAUACCCAACGAUCAACCAGGAAAGAAAACGAGAAAUAAGAUGUCAUGAAACAUCAUUUUGGCGGAGUUUGGCGUACAUCUACACCGGGCUGGUGAAAAGUCGGCCUACAGUAUUUCAACUAGAGGUGAAGAGUUUCGUUCCUGGAAGAGUGCGGUGAUCCGAGAAGGAUGUUGUAAAUCCCGCACAUGCUGAUCCUCGUAUGUCAGUAGGAAAAACAAACCCAACAGAAGUAGCGUGAAGUGAAUUGUACGGCAGCAUAAUAGGGUGAAGAGAAGUUCUGUUCCGAGAGUGCAGAAGAGUGUGGCUGAGGAAGUGACGACCGGGAAGGCCUCAAAACUAGAAAUAGUGUCAAAGCCGAAGUGAGUGGGAGUAUCAGUUCUUUUUCUUUGCUCUUCUACUGGUCCUUAUUGAUCUAUGCUUCUGCUGUUAGGAGAAGUUGGAUAUGUAAACCGAUCCAUAGAAAAAUAUGUUGAUUGAGAAGAGAAAAAUAUCUUAAACCGAAAAGAAAAAAAAUCGAAAACAACAACACAGCUGCCAGUUUUGUUCGGAAAUGGAGAAUCCAAUCGAAUCGAAUGCUACAGUGAAUUAAUUGAUACAGUGAGUCAAUCGCAGAAUACGAAAACAAAUCAAACCUCAGUGGAUGCGCGCAGGUUUCGGUAUGUUUUAGCCUCGUUAGCUAAAGCUCAAUUCUCAAAUAAAAAAAAAAGAAGCGAAGUGUGAAGUGUAUCAAGCUUCAGCAGCAAAAUUAUGGUAGUACCAACGAUGGAUAGCCUACCACGAGUACCUGACACCCAUGGAGACACCGUGGACGAGAAAGUGUUUUCCGACCUGUACAUUAGGACUAGCUGGUUCGAUGCCUCGAUCGCGCUGGAUCAAAUCGAAAAGGGCAAAGCGCGGGGGAGAAGGUCAGCCGUAUACAUGCGAUCCCUGUUCCAGUCCCAUCUCUACAACCUUGGCUGUUCGAUACAGAAACACGCGGGAAAGGUGUUAUUCGUAGCAAUAUUAGUUCUAAGUACAUUCUGUGUGGGCCUCAAAUCUGCGACGGUGCAUUCAAAAGUGCAUCAACUAUGGAUACAGGAAGGCGGUACGUUAGAACACGAACUAGCCUACACACAGAAAUCCCUCGGCGAAAUGGACUCCUCGACGCACCAGCUACUGAUACAGACCCCCAAGGACAUGGAAGCCUCGAUACUGCACGCCAACGCAUUGCUCACGCAUAUGGAAGUGGUGAAACAGGCGAUUUCCGUCCGAGUGCACAUGUACGACAUCGAGUGGAGCUUGAAGGAUAUGUGCUACUCGCCGAACAUCCCAAAUUUCGAUACGCACUUCAUCGAACAGAUCUUCGAGAACAUCAUUCCAUGUGCGAUCAUCACUCCGCUGGACUGCUUCUGGGAAGGUAGCAAGUUACUGGGACCUGAAUAUCCGGUUGUCAUUCCACACCUGGCCAACAAGGUUCAGUGGACCUCACUAAACCCGCAGAACCUGCUCAAGGACAUUAAAGCUCAAAACUAUCAGUUCCCUUUCGAUACGUUGGAGCAGUACAUGAAGCGUGCUGGAAUCGGAACUGGUUACACGGAAAAGCCUUGCCUCAAUCCAAAGGACAAACAGUGCCCGGAAACGGCUCCAAACAAGAAAUCCCAGCAAACUCCGGACGUGGCGUCCACGCUCACCGGAGGUUGUUAUGGUUUCGCAGCCAAAUACAUGCACUGGCCUGAAGAACUAAUCGUCGGUGGGGCUACGCGGAAUCGAUCACAGCACUUGAAGACAGCCAAAGCUCUCCAAACUGUUAUCCAACUCAUGGGCGAACGGGAAAUGUACGAAUACUGGAACAAUCACUACAAAGUGCACCACAUCGGAUGGAAUCCGGAGAAAGCAGCCGAUGUGUUAAAUGCAUGGCAGAAGAAAUUCUCAGCUGAGGUCAACAAGAUCAUGCAGACGGAGGUUAAACCACUGUCAUACUAUGAAGUGUAUGCCUUCUCGUCGGCAGCUCUGGACGACAUCCUAGGCAAAUACUCCAAUCCGAACCCAAUCAGUCUUGGCAUCGGAGUGGUCGUCAUUCUGAUCUACGCAGCCAUAACGCUACUUCGGUGGAAUGAUCCAGUCAAUGGUCAAAGUGGCGUGGGUGCAGCCGGAGUUUUGCUCAUCGGAGUAACAACUGCAGCUGGACUGGGAUUCUGUGCCCUGCUAGGAAUUGCCUUCAAUGCUGCGACGACUCAAGUAAUACCGUUCCUUGCACUCGGAUUGGGUGUAGAUCAUAUAUUCGUGCUUACACACGCCUACGCCGAGCGAGACAACAACGAACAAACUGGACAAGUCUUGAAGAAAGCUGGUUUGAGUAUCCUUUUCAGUGGUGCUGCGACGGCGGGUUCCUUUUUUGCUGCCGCUAUGAUCCCCGUUCCAGCUCUCCGAGUAUUCUGCUUCCAAGGAGCAGUCCUUCUCGUUUUCAAUCUAGCUGCCGUCCUACUGGUAUUCCCCGCCAUGGUCUCUUUGGACCUGCGACGACGACGAGCUGGACGGGCAGACAUCCUUUGCUGUUGCCUUCCAGCACUGCCCACCACGAACCAAGAUCUUAAACAACGCCAACAACACCAACCAUCCAACCCUGAUGAUUCCCUCAUAGACUGUCCGGCUAAAGCCUGCUUCAGCUUCUCAAUUUCCAAGUUUGCCGUCAAACACUACGCUCCAUUCAUCACGAAGAGUUCAAUCAAAGUCCUGUCCAUGUUACUCCUCACCGGUAUUAUAGGCGUUUCGCUAUUUGCCUCGAUGAAGCUCCCCGAUGGCCUUGAACUAACCGACCUGGUACCUCAGAACACCAACGAACACAAGUUUCUCAGCGUUCAGGGCAAGCUCUUCGGAUUCUACAGCAUGUUCGCCGUCACACAGGGAGACUUCGAAUACCCAACCAAUCAGAAGCUACUGCACGAAUACCACGAAGCGUUCGUAAGAGUGUCGCACGUAAUCAAGAACGACAACGGAGGUCUACCGGAGUUUUGGCUAAGUCUGUUUCGAGACUGGUUGAUCAAUCUACAGAAAGCAUUCGAUCGAGACUAUCGGGAAGGGAGGAUAACGCAGGAGCGAUGGUUCCCGAAUGCUAGUGACGAUGCGAUCCUAGCGUACAAAUUACUAGUUCAAACCGGUCACGUGGACAAUCCAAUCGACAAGAGUUUGGUGGCACAGGUACGACUGGUGGACUCGGAAGGCGUUAUCAACCCAAGAGCUUUCUACAACUAUCUAUCGGCGUGGGCCUGGAACGAUGUCCUAGCGUAUGGCGCGUCACAGGGAAAUUUGCGCCCUGAGCCACGGGAAUGGUUCCAUUCGCCGAGUGACUUUGAGUUGAAGAUUCCGAAGAGUGCACCGCUGACGUACACACAGCUGCCAUUCUAUCUGCACGGACUGAGCGAUACCCAGGAUAUUAAGGUUAUGAUCGGACAGAUCCGUGAGCUGAGCAGGAGGUUUGAAGCGAGAGGCUUACCCAACUACCCGUCAGGAAUCCCGUUCCUCUUCUGGGAACAGUACAUGAACCUUAGGCCGUGUCUGCUGAAAGCUAUCGGAUGUGCUCUGGUGGCAGCAUUCUGUUUGGUCGCUUUGCUGCUGAUGUCCGUUUGGGCGGCCAUUCUGAUCGUGUUCAGUAUCGUAACGAUGCUCAUCCAGCUGUUGGGAGUCAUGAUUCUGCUCGGAAUCAACCUGUCGGCCAUUCCUGCGGUCAUAUUGAUAGCCAGCAUCGGCUUGGGUGUCUGCUUCACCGUUCACGUGUCAUUGGGCUUCAUCACAGCGAUCGGUAACCGUGAUCGUCGGAUCAAACUAGCACUGGAACACUCGCUCGCCCCUGUGAUCCAUGCCGUGAUGACUUCCAUCCUAGCGGUCCUAAUGCUGUCGACCUCAUCCUUCGAGUUCGUAGUCCGGCACUUCUUCUGGCUGUUGCUCUCCGUUCUCGUAAUCGGAGCCAUCAACGGCCUGUUCUUCUUCCCGAUCUUACUGAGUUUGGUAGGACCGGGAGCAGAAAUCAUCCCUCUGCAGUAUGCCAACCGAAUAUCCACACCAUCGCCACCACCGAAACGAAUCAACAAAAUAUCGAACAAGGCGUUCAUCCUGAACAACAAACGAUCCUCGUCGAGGAACUGUUCGAAAUCGCACCACCAUCACAAGCACAACAAUGUCAACGUCAAUAACGAACCCUCACUAACGACCAUAACGGAAGAACCACAGUCCUGGAAAAGUUCUGCCUCCUCCAUACCGUCGAUCCACGAGAAAAGUAACCUGAAUGUCAACUAUGGCAACCAUCAGGCACCGGAACUGCAAAGCAUCGUACUUCAGCCGGAGGUCACUGUCGAGACGCACCACCAUGGAGGUGAACAUCAGAAUACGAAAGUAACUGCCACUGCCAACAUCAAGGUCGAACUGGUGACCCCAGGUCGGGGCGCUCCCCGGAUGGUCAGGACGAGCAGCACCAGUAGCAGUAGUGGGAACAGUAGCAGUUAACAAGUAGGUAGCUUUAGAUAAACCUGUACGCAUUUGUAAAUAGGUCAAUUCCUUCUUUUAUUCUAAAUAAUAUAAAAUGCUACAAUUUAUUUAUUUGUUUUCCCUCCUCCAAAUGAAGAAAGUAUUAUUUUACUACUAGAGUAGCAAAAUCCGUUGAAGAUUUAUGUCUAUUUUCGCCAAUACUCAACAAGAUUGAAGAACGUGUCUAAUGUUAAAAGCAUAAAAGCGAAUCGAUUGUGUAUUUUGCGUCGAUGGACCCCUCGGCGCGUGUAUAGCAGCUUGAAAUUUGUUCCUCCAUUUAUUCGAAGAGAAAGAUCAAAACAAAGCAACGACGAACUGAUUAAACUAGUGUAGUACGACUGUAGUAACUUGUAAGACUUGUAUCUUCUGCAGCAGUAUAGAAACAGAGAGCCAAGAUGAUCUAUUUCUUACAAUCCUUCUAAUCAUGUAAAAUAAAACAAAUCCUAACUUUAUCUACUCAAUUGCGGGUUCGAGACACGAUGAUGCAUGCUUUAAGGCCAAAUAUUUUCAGUUUUAUAAACGAAAUUUUUACUCCUAUAGCUUAUUUUGCCGUUAAACUGCAACAAAACUAAGUGUAAAUAGCAACCAAGAUUCGAAAGAGCGUGUAUAAUUCCCACACAAUAAAAAAAAAAAACAAAAUAGAAAGUUUAUUUUUCUGACAAAAGUCGUACUUAAGAGUAACCAAUUUUGCUUUUCUGUAACAUAAACUACAAAAGCACUUAACUAUAGAAACGCAUAAAUGUAUACCGAAAAUGAACUAAAGACAGAAACCAAACGCAUUUCAUCAGCAAUUAUCCAAUUGUUACUAAAACAAAAAGCAACAAAAAAUAAAACAACCGAAAUCUAUUGUUACAUAAUUCUGAGAUUGUUUGGCUUCUUCUUUCAAAAUUAUUCUCUCAAAAAAUAGCAAUUAAUAUAUUUUGAGCAACUAAAACGGAAAAUCGAACUGUACAAUGAAAUCAAGAAACUUUUCUAUCGUAUGUAUUUAAGGAUGUUACCAAUUUUGAAGAAAGUUUUCCACGCCUGAACAAAAUGGAACAUACAAAACUUAACGAACGACAGAAUCAAAGCAAAGGUUUUGCGGUGUUACUUUGUUUAGUUAGAAAACUUAUUACUGGUAUAUUAAGAAGAAAACAACAAAACGAAAUAUUUUUUUUAUUAUUAUAAACGUAAAAGUAAACAAAUAUUAUUACCCUAAAACAAACAACUAAGAACCUAUUUAUUUAUUGUCUGCCGAUUGCUCAGGCACAAACGUAAGGUAGUAAUUUAAAAAAUAAAUCUUUAUUUUUUGUUAAAAAGAAAAACGCAUUCGGAAGUACCGGAGAGGAGAAAGAAGGAGGGCGGAAAGAUGGAAUUUUUGCUGUAGAUGAGAGAAUGCUGAUGCUGAAACUACAUUACGGCAUGAUGAAGAGUACAAGCUGAAUCGGAAAGAAUGAUAUUUGCGGUUGUAAUUAGGAGCUAAUACCGGUGAACCCCGGUGAGCACGACGCGAGUAGAAGAAAGUUAGUAGGGAACAAAUCUGUAUAGGCAGUGAUGAUUGAUUGUUUGAUUGAUUGAUGAUUGUGGAUAUGUUAUUUUAAAUGGAAAAAGAGAAACAGCACGCUAGGUAAGAAACAAAAAACGGAAAAUUCUUAACGAGUCUAGUAGGUUUACAAUAUUUGAGUUUUAUACUAUGUAUGGUAACGUGUUUCCAAAUAAAACAAGAAAAAGCAGCAAAAUAAAUGCAUGGUAUUGCCUGUA